CUGUUCCUCUCUUUCUCUGUCUCUGUCUGUACAGGAGACAUCACUCAGAAGGGCUAUGAGAAGAAAAGAAGCAAAUUGUUGGCACCUUACAUCCCUCAGAUACAAGGUGUGGAUCCAUCUCUACAAAUAGACAACAGGAUCCAGGCCCCCUCCCAAGCUGUCCUUUCAGGUUCCAAACAGAUCAAGUCCAGGGCUGCCAACACCCGGGAUGAACGCUUCAGAUCUGAUUUGCACACAGAGGCAGUCCAAGCAGCAUUGGCAAAGUACAAAGAGAGGAAAAUGCCCAUGCCCUCUAAGAGACGAUCUGUUCUAGUCCAGUCUUCAGUCGAGGCAUGCACCCCACCAGACACCUCCUCAGCGUCAGAAGACGAGGGCUCGCUGCGCCGACAGGGACGUCUGACCACCUCCACACCCUAUCAGGGCCACGGCCACCCAGCCGUUGAGCACUGGUUCAAUCGUGUCAUCCAGGGUUCGUCCACCUCAUCCUCAGCGUCAUCCACCUCAUCCCACCCAGGAGGGAGAUCCAUCACCAACACCACUUCCCACGCAGCGCUCAACGCCAACGCUGCGGCAACGGCACUGGCUGACCUUAUGGCACACACCCAGCUAGAUAGCCACUCAGCGCCACCCGAUGUGACAGGGCUGUCAGAGCGCUCCUCGCUCCAUGCGGAGCGGCCCCAGGUGGCCUCGAUGCGAGGCGUUUCCCGCAGCUACAACCACCAAACCAGCGUCAUGGAGACCGCAGAUGGUGUACCAGUCAACAGCCGUGUCUCCAACAAAAUCCAGCAGCUGCUAAAUACACUGAAGCGACCAAAGCGUCCUCCACUGCGCGAGUUCUUUGUUGAUGAUUUUGAGGAACUUUUGGAUGUCCAGCAGCCAGAUCCCAACCAGCCAAAGCCAGAGGGCCAACAGAUGAGACCCCUCGAAGGAGAGCCACUCGGAGUGGUCAGCAACUGGCCCCCGUCUUUGCCAGCAGCCUUACAGAGAUGGGGCACCUCUCAUCCAAAGAGCCCCUGUCUAACAGCACUUGACAAUGCUGGCAAGCCCAUCUACACACUCACCUAUGGUAAACUGUGGACCCGCAGUCAGAAGCUGGCCUACACACUUCUUAACAAGCUGAGCACCAGAAAUGAGCCUUUGCUAUUGCCUGGAGACAGAGUGGCUCUUGUUUUCCCCAACAACGACCCAGUGACGUUCAUGGUUGCCUUUUACGGCUGUCUACUCGCAGAGCUGGUACCUGUGCCUAUUGAAGUGCCACUGACCAGAAAGGAUGCAGGAAGUCAACAGAUUGGGUUUCUGUUAGGCAGCUGUGGGGUCACGUUGGCAUUGACCACUGAUGCUUGUCAGAAAGGUCUUCCAAAAGCACAAACAGGGGAGGUGGCCACUUUCAAAGGCUGGCCGCGGUUGCUGUGGUUUGUGACAGAUGGAAAACAUGUUGUGAAGCCUCCAAAAGACUGGCACCCUCCAAUACGGGAAGCCAGUAAUGAAAUAGCCUACAUAGAAUAUAAAACCAGCAAAGAAGGAAGCACCAUGGGAAUCACAGUUUCUCAUUCAGCCAUGCUGGCCCACUGUCAUGCCCUCACACAGGCCUGCUGCUACACAGAAGCCGAGAUAAUAACAAAUGUCCUGGACUUCAAGCGAGAAGCAGGACUGUGGCACGGUGUCCUCACUAGUGUCAUGAAUCGGAUGCAUGUCAUCAGUAUCCCCUACUCCCUGAUGAAGGUCAACCCCCUGUCCUGGAUACAGAAGGUUCACAUGUACAAAGCUCGAGUGGCUGUUUUGAAGUCAAGGGACAUGCACUGGUCUCUGCUGGCCCAGAAAGACCAGAGGGACAUCAGCCUGAGCUCACUGCGCAUGUUGAUUGUAGCUGAUGGAGCCAACCCAUGGUCGAUAUCCUCGUGCGAUGCCUUCCUCAAUGUGUUCCAGGCACGAGGGCUACGACCUGAGGUGAUCUGUCCAUGUGCCAGCUCCUCAGAAGCUAUGACUGUCGCCAUCCGCAGACCUCCAGAAGUGGGUGUGCCUCCUCCAGGGAAGGCGGUGCUGUCUAUGGGUGGACUGAGUCACAGUGUGAUCCGUGUUGACACAGAGGAGAAACUCUCUGUCCUCACAGUGCAGGACGUGGGACAGGUCAUGCCUGGAGCUCUGGUCUGUGUUGUGCGUGUGGAAGGGACGCCUUAUCUCUGUCAGACAGAUGAGGUGGGAGAAAUAUGUGUGAGCUCAGGUGGCACUGGUUUAGCCUACUACGGCCUCCCGGGCAUGACCAAGAGCAUUUUUGAGACUGUCCCAGUAACAACAUCUGGGCUCCCCAUCAGUGACAGACCCUUCACUAGAACUUCACUGCUGGGUUUUGUGGGCCCAGACAGCCUUGUGUUUGUUGUGGGGAAGAUGGAUGGACUAAUGGUGGUCAGUGGGCGGAGACAUAAUGCUGAUGAUGUGGUUGCUACGGCGCUGGCUGUUGAGCCCAUGAAGUUUGUGUACAGGGGAAGGAUAGCCGUCUUCUCUGUUUCUGUGCUGCAUGAUGAGCGAAUCGUUGUGGUGGCAGAGCAGAGGCCGGACGCCUCAGAGGAGGACAGCUUUCAGUGGAUGAGCCGUGUUCUUCAGGCUAUAGACAGCAUCCACCAGGUCGGGGUGUACUGCUUGGCUCUAGUUCCUGCUAACACUCUACCCAAGGCUCCUCUCGGUGGCAUACACAUAUCUGAGACCAAGCAGCGCUUCCUGGAGGGGGCCUUGCACCCCUGCAACGUCCUCAUGUGCCCCCAUACAUGUGUCACCAACCUCCCAAAGCCGAGACAAAAACAACCAGAGGUGGGUCCUGCUUCUAUGAUAGUGGGGAACUUAGUGGCAGGCAAGAGGAUCGCACAGGCCUGUGGGAGAGACAUGGGACAGCUCGAGGACAAUGACCAGGCACGUAAGUUCCUCUAUAUUCAGGAUGUCUUACAGUGGAGAGCUCAGGCCACUCCAGACCAUCCAUUGUUCCUCGUUCUCAAUGCCAAGGGCACAGUGGCCAGCACAGCUUCCUGUCUGCAGCUGCACAAAAGGGCAGAGCGGGUGGCAGCUGCUCUGAUGGGACGUCUGAACACAGGAGACCACGUAGCACUCGUCUACCCGCCAGGAGUGGAUCUGAUCGCCACUUUCUACGGCUGCCUGUAUGCCGGCUGUGUGCCUGUCACCGUCAGACCCCCACACCCACAAAACCUGGCCACUACCCUUCCCACAGUCAAAAUGAUCGUUGAGGUAAGUAAAUCAGUGUAUAUCCUGACGACCCAAGCAAUAAUGAAGCUGCUGAAAUCCAAAGAGGCCGCGGCUGCUGUCGACAUCAAGAGCUGGCCCACGGUGCUGGACACGGAUGACCUCCCCAGGAAGAAAAUUUCUCAGAUGUACAAGCCCCCAACCCCAGAGAUGUUGGCUUACCUGGACUUCAGUGUGUCCACGACAGGCAUUCUAGCAGGGGUCAAAAUGUCUCAUGCUGCCACCAGUGCCUUGUGUCGCUCCAUUAAACUGCAGUGUGAGCUGUACCCGUCCCGGCAGAUAGCCAUCUGUCUGGACCCGUACUGCGGCCUGGGCUUUGCUCUCUGGUGCCUGUGCAGUGUGUAUUCCGGUCAUCAGUCUAUUCUGGUUCCUCCUCUUGAGCUAGAGAGUAAUGCUUCUCUCUGGCUUGCUGCGGUCAGCCAGUACAAAGUGCGCGUCACCUUCUGCUCCUAUUCAGUCAUGGAGAUGUGCACCAAAGGCCUGGGUUCACAGACAGAAGCUCUACGGCUGCGAAAUGUGAACCUAUCCUGCGUGCGCACAUGCAUGGUGGUCGCAGAAGAAAGACCUCGCAUAUCCCUCACUCAGUCCUUCUCAAAGAUCUUCAAAGACUUGGGGCUCUCACCUCGAGCAGUCAGCACCACUUUCGGCUGCAGGGUGAAUGUUGCCAUAUGUCUGCAGGGCACAUCUGGACCAGACCCCACCACUGUUUAUGUGGACAUGAGAGCUUUACGACACGAUAGAGUGCGUCUUGUUGAGAGAGGAUCUCCACACAGUCUGCCACUGAUGGAGUCUGGGAAGAUCCUCCCUGGGGUAAAAGUGAUCAUUGCCAACACAGAAACAAAAGGACCCUUGGGAGACUCUCAUCUCGGAGAGAUCUGGGUGAGCAGUCCUCACAAUGCCACAGGCUACUACACCGUUUAUGGGGAGGAGGCACUGCACGCUGACCACUUCAACACCAAGCUCAGCUUUGGUGACACUCAGACCGUUUGGGCGAGGACGGGCUACCUGGGCUUCCUGAGGCGCACGGAGCUGACCGACGCCAGUGGGGAGCGCCAUGAUGCCCUGUAUGUGGUGGGAUCUCUAGAUGAGACGCUGGAGCUUAGAGGAAUGAGAUAUCACCCUAUCGACAUUGAAACCUCGGUUAUCCGUUCUCACAAGAGCAUAGCUGAAUGCGCCGUCUUCACUUGGACAAACCUCCUCGUGGUGGUGGUGGAGCUGGAGGGAUCGGAGCAGGAGGCCCUGGACCUGGUGGCCCUGGUCACCAACGUUGUCCUGGAGGAGCACUACCUCAUCGUGGGGGUGGUGGUGGUAGUGGACCCCGGCGUCAUCCCCAUUAACUCCAGAGGGGAGAAGCAGCGCAUGCACCUCAGAGAUGGAUUUCUGGCCGACCAGCUGGACCCCAUAUAUGUGGCUUACAACAUGUGA